AUGUCUGCGUCCAUGCCCACUGUGUACGAGAAGGAGCGCCUUGCUCCGUACAUGCCUGAGCCUGUCUCGCAGCAGCCGCAGAAGAGGGCGCGCUGCGCGGGUCGCACGCUCGUGAAGGGCCUCGUCGGUGUACUCGCGCUGCUGACCUGCUUGCACUCGCUGCAACUCGUCAACCUGCGGUCAUGCUGGUCGGAGGGCGCCAUGGACGCCAGUGCCCAGCAGUGUCCCCAGUCUACCCCCGUCGUUCCGGAGAAGAACGGGGAACUGUGGGAGUCGCUCGGCCAGGCGUUCGACUCGGACGCGUUCAAGGGACGCGCCGUGGAAUGGCUCGGUGGCGCCGUCAGAGUCCCGACUCAGUCGUAUGACAAGAUGGCACCUGUGGGCCAGGACCCGCGCUGGGAGGCAUUUGGGCCUCUGCACGAUUAUCUCUUGAAGGCGUUCCCUCUUAUCCACUCGACUCUUAAACUUACCAAGGUCAACACUUACGGCCUUGUGUAUGUCUGGGAGGGCUCGGACUCGGACCUGAAGCCAUUGCUGUUGGCUGCUCACCAAGAUGUCGUCCCUGUCAACCCUGACACUGUCGACAAGUGGAGCUACCCGCCGUUCUCUGGUCACUUCGACGGGAAGCGGAUUUGGGGCCGUGGCAGCUCGGAUGACAAGAGUGGCUUGAUUGGUGUUCUGUCUUCUAUCGAGUCCUUGCUUGAGCGCGGUUUCAAGCCGACUCGCGGGGUCGUUCUAGCGUUUGGCUUCGAUGAGGAGGCGAGCGGCAUUCACGGUGCAUCUGCUAUCAGCAAGCACUUGCUGUCGACCUAUGGCGAAAAUGCGUUCUUGCUCCUUGUAGACGAGGGCGGAGGAUUCGGGCAGGAAUUCGGCGGUGUUAUUGCGACACCUGCCAUCGCGGAGAAGGGUUACAUCGAUGUCCGCGUCGAGGUCACCUCUCCCGGUGGUCACUCCAGCGUGCCGCCUGAGCAUACGACCAUUGGGAUUCUCUCGCAGCUUCUUGUUCACUACGAGGCUAACCCGUAUGAGGCCCGUCUCUCCCGCGGCACGCCCAUGUACUGGAAGUUCCAGUGUCUUGCGGCCCAUGCACCCGACGUACCCCACAAGCUCCGUAGGGCGCUCAAGAAGGCUGUUAAGUCUGACAAGGCUCUCAAGGAAGCGCAGAAGGAGCUGUUCAGGAACCCCGGUUUCCGCGCAUUCGUCGGCACGACUCAAGCUAUCGACCUCAUCAACGGCGGUGUGAAAACCAACGCGCUCCCCGAACAAGCCUAUGCCGUGGUCAACCAUCGGAUCGCUACUGACAGCUCGGUUGACGCGGCGAAGGAGCACGAUACGGCGCUGCUCAAGGGCCUCGCCCGUGACUUCAAUCUGUCGUACACAGCGUUUGGUGCACAAAUCACCGGCCAGGAUGCGCCCGCGUACGGAACGCUCACGAUCAGCGACGCAUGGGGUGCGGCGCUCGAGCCCGCGCCCAUUAGCCCGAUCGACGCGCCGGAGUAUGCAUUGCUCUCGGGGACGAUCAAGGCGACGUACAACGCGCACCGCGGCUUACAGGGUGACGACAACAUCGUCGUCGCACCAGGCAUUAUGUCCGGAAAUACCGACACGCGAUACUACUGGGCGCUCACCCCGCACAUCUACCGGUACAACCACUACAACGCCGGGAAUGGCACCUUCUUGGACAACGGAGUGCACACGAUCAACGAAUCGAUCGAGGUCGAUUCAUUCCUCGAGAUGAUCAAGUUCUUCACCACUCUGAUUCUGAACACGGAUGAGUUCCGGGCGUAAAAUGUAGGUAAACGGGGAAGGAUUUACAGUAAUCUACCGGUCCUCGGGACACUAUGGGUCCCCGGGACACUUGCCCCAUCCUGUCCGCUGUAGGCCUCCUGACGGUCUCAAACUUGCCCAGUAUUUGCAGUAGUAGUACCGGAACAUGUAUCUACGAUAUCCCAGCGUGUCUAUAAAAAAUGCGUUCAUAAUUC